AUGCGGCGUAUACUAACUCCCAACGGUCCAUCAUUACCUACGGCAUUCACUCCUUUCUGCAGCUUUAGUGAUCCUGCUUUUAUGACACUUUCUGUUUUAAAAAGGCCAAGUAGUGGCCAGCUCAGCUUUCUAGUUGCUUUGUUCAAUCGGUUUUCACACCAUUUGGUAUCAGAGCGAGGCUUGAUGGCAGAGGGAAGCAAGUGCCCUGCGACAGAGGAAGACCGAAGCGUAGAGGCGUUGUGGACAGCUCAAGCCAGCAUGGCUCGCCAGAUGGAAGCCCUCACCACGGAGUUCUUCCGGUUCUCGGUAGAAAUGAGGACCGAGAUUCGAUCCCUGAGGACGAAUCGACAUUUCACGACGAGGGGACCAGUUGCGCCGGCAACCACACCGGCACUGCGCCUUCAUCCACGUCGGCGGCGUCACAAUGCAGUUCCGAUAAUCUCAGACUCAGAAGACGAGGUGGAAGUUCAGCAGCCGAUUGAGGCGUCGGAUUCUGCAGAAGAGGAAAGACCAACCUAUUAUGGGCCUGCCCGCAGAUAUCCAACGCAACACUGGGAGCCAGGGGAGUUCCGCAUCAAACUGGAUAUCUCAUUCUUUGAUGGUCGCCUACAUAUCGAAUACUACCUGGAUUGGGAGCGAGCUGUCGAGGCUUUCUUCGACUACAUGGAGAUAGCGCCUGAAAAACAAGUUAAGUACGUUGCAUGUCGUCUUAAGGGCGAGGCGGGAGCUUGGUGGAUGCAACUGCUGCAGUCCAGGCGACGAGAAGGGAAGGGAAAUGUAACUAGUUGGUACCGGAUGAAGCGGCUGUUGAGAGGGCAUUUCUUGCCGAUGGACUUCGAACAAAUGCUCUAUGUACAAUAUCAACACUGUUCACAAGGCACGCAAUCCGUUAGCGAGUACACAGAGGAAUUCUACCGUUUGAGCGCCCGGAACAACUUGAACGAGUCAGAAACUCAACUUGUGGCGCGUUACAUUGGUGGCCUGAAAGAAGCCAUUCAAGACAAACUUGAGAUGAAUUCCGUGUGGACUCUCUCUCAAGCAGUCAACUAUGCCCUCAAAGCUGAAAUUCAAUUGAACCGCCAUCCACGGGGUAGCACUGCUCGUCGCUUUGUGGUAGAACCGAGCGGAGAAUCCGACAAGACGAAUGCCUCUAGCGGGAAUAAACCCGCACCCUCACCCUGCGGAGGGGCUGGGAUCCUAGGCGCAGAACCCAAGAAUGCAGUCACCGGCCGACUGAAGACUCCCAUUAAAGAUGCCAACCCCUAUGCCAAGCCAGCGACAUUCAAAUGCUACCGUUGUUUUCAACCGGGACACAAGUCCAACGAUUGCCCGAAUCGACAACAAGUCCAGCUGAUGGAAGGAGAACCGGAUGAUGAAUACCAGGGAGCAGAAUUGGUGAACGAACAGGACUUUGAAGAUCUACAAGCUGAUGAAGGCAAGGCUUUAGCCUGCAUCCUUGAGAAACUCCUCAUAGCGCCUCGGCAAGAUGGCAAUUCCCAGCGGCACUCUAUAUUCCGCACCCGCUGCACCAUCAAUGGCAGCGUCUGUGAUCUAUUAAUCGACAGCGGAUGCACCGAAAACAUUAUUUCUCGAUCCGUUGUGCAUAAGCUCCACCUCAAGACGACGCGCAAUCCACACCCCUAUACGAUUAGUUGGGUGAAAAAGGGGGUGGAGAUAGCUGUAACUGAAAUGUGCAGGGUGACCUUUUCAAUUGGCAAGAGCUAUGUUUGUGAAGUUCUGUGUGACGUCCUGGACAUGGACAUUUGCCACUUAAUCCUCAGGCGGCCAUGGCAAUUCGACACGGGAGCUGUCUACGACGGACGCGCCAAUACAUACAGUUUCGAGUGGAAGCAACGCAAGAUUCGCUUGCUUCCACGGCUUGCUGGCGAGGCAGAGAAGGAAGUACCAGGAAAGUCCACAAUGUUCGUGGUCUCCGGCAGUAACCUCAUUACUUCUUGGAAGGAAGACUCAAUAAUGCUAGCACUUGUGGCUUCAAACGAUACUUCGGUGAAGACGGAAGCUGAAAUUCCAAUUGCUGUUCGUGAAAUCCUUUAUCGCUACAGAGAAGUAUGGCCAGCGGAACUGCCUAAUGAACUACCGCCACUACGGGAUUUACAGCACCAGAUAGAUCUCCAGCCGGGAGCCAAUUUACCAAAUCUUUCACAUUAUAAAAUGAGCCCUCGGGAACACGCCGCCUUGCAAGCAAUUAUUGAGGAAUUGCUUCGAAAGCAGCUGAUUCAACCAAGCCUUUGCCCCUGUGUUGUGCCGACAUUACUCGUGCCAAAGAAAGACGGCAGUUGGCGUAUCUUUCCGGUGCCCCGCCUUGAAGACAUGCUAGAUAAGCUCGCUGGUGCCAUUAUCUUUUCAAAAAUGGACCUCCGAAGUGGGUACCAUCAGAUACGCAUACGGCCCGGUGACGAGUGGAAAACAACCUUCAAGACGAGGGAUGGGCUAUUCGAAUGGCGCGUAAUGCCGUUUGGGCUUUGCAACGCCUCGGCGACCUUCAAGCGGCUCAUGAACGAAGUUCUUAAAUAG